AUGGCAGGUUAUCCCUAUGGGCAGGCCCUCUCAGGAACUGGCGACCAAGCAUCGGGAGGGCAAUAUGGCAGCGGGGUUCCCCCCGGUGGCGGUUAUGGAGGAGGUCCAGCCCCUGGAGCGCCUUACGGAUACCCUAACCCUGGGGGCUUCCCUUCUGGAGCUCCAGGAGGACCCUAUGGUGGUGCAGCCCCAGGGGGCCCCUAUGGUCAGCCACCUCCAAAUUCCUACGGUGGCCCACCUCCUGGGCCUUAUGGACAGGGACCUCCUCCGGGCGGCGCCCCUCCCAAUGUGGAUCCUGAGGCGUACUCCUGGUUCCAGUCAGUGGACUCCGAUCACAGUGGCUACAUCUCCGUCAAGGAGCUGAAGCAGGCGCUGGUCAACUCCAACUGGUCCACGUUCAAUGACGAGACAUGCCUCAUGAUGAUAAAUAUGUUCGAUAAGACCAAGGCAGGCCGCAUCGACGUCCACGGCUUCUCAGCGCUGUGGAAGUUCAUUCAGCAGUGGAAGAACCUCUUCCAGCAGUUCGACCGAGACCACUCGGGCUCCAUCAGCUACACAGAGCUGCAGCAAGCUCUGUCCCAGAUGGGCUACAACCUGAGCCCCCAGUUCAGCCAGCUCCUGGUCUCCCGCUACUGCCCGCGCUCCGCCAGCCCCGCCAUGCAGCUGGACCGCUUCAUCCAGGUGUGCACGCAGCUGCAGGUGCUCACCGAGGCCUUCCGGGAGAAGGACACGGCCAUGCAGGGCAACGUCCGGCUCAGCUUCGAGGACUUCGUCACCAUGACAGCUUCUAGGAUGCUCUGA